AUGGCAACUGAGACUGUACUCAGUGCUGGGAAUGCAAACCCGACAUCUGCAUCUGUCGUGGUUCAUUCUCCUGUGAUUACUUCACUUCCCACCACUGUCUCGGUAGGACAUCGGGCCAAAGAUUGUCGGAAUUGCAAAGAUCAACAAGAUCCUUUCAAAAAGACGAAGUAUGAACAGGCACACAUAACUGAAUUGGAGACUUUGCCCAACGAAGUGACUGAGAUGAACCUUGUAGCAGUUGUGUCUGAAGAUAGUGUUUAUGUAGGGAAGGGAUAUCUGUGUGAUGGGUUAUUCAAAAUGAAUGUACUGACUGUAAUUCCUAGUAUUAAUAAGAACACCACAUCUUCUGCUUAUUUGUUUGAGUCUUCUCAUUUAUGGAGGAAGAUUAAGGCAUUAAGAAGUGAUCGAGGUGAUGAAUAUGAUGCUCCUUUUGGAACAUUAUGUUCACAACUUGGAAUCAUUCAUCAAACUACUGCACCUUAUGCACCACAGCAAAAUGGAGUUGCUGAGCGAAAAAAUCAUACAUUGAAAGAAAUGAUGAACGCCAUGUUGAUUAGCUCAG